AGAGGGGCUAAUCAAAUUAGAAGCGGGCAACUGGUGUUGGUAUGCACCUGGUUCAUGUUCUGUUGUUAAUGGCGAAAGAAUCGUUAUCAGACCAUGCGAUCAAGAAGAUGAUGGUCAACAGUUUGUGUAUGAUGGACAAAGUGGCAAUAUCUUUCAUAAAUGCUCACAAAAAAAAGUUUGUUCUAUCAAUAGUAUGGUUGUGUUUGAGGACAGUUGCUCAACGUCUUGGUACAUUACAGAUAAGUAUGCCUUAAGCUCACCAUAUCGUUGUCCUUAUCCAGUCAGUGGUUUGCUUGAGGCUGACAAUGGACUGGAUCUAGUUGUUGGUGUUUGCUUCGCAGAAAAAGGAAUUCAUAGAUUUCCAACAGGAAUUGACGGAAGAAUUCAAGUUAAAAUGUUCACUGGUGUAUCAUCCGUUAAUGCAUUAACAUCCAGCUCAAAUUUCCCGGACAAUCCUUUAUAUGGUAUUGCAUGGUUUAAUCAAUUUAGAGCCGUAUCGUAUUUUGAUGAGGCUGAAUACUUUGGGCGCCAAUUUCAAACAAUAUUUGUUCCACCAAUAACAGGAUCUUAUAUAUUUUACAUCGAAGUUAACAAGCAAGCAAAGUUAUACAUAACGCACCCUAACUCUUCACCAGAACUGCUGAUAACAAUCACUGUCUAUACUACGUCAGUGCGCAAAACAUCUCCUCAAUUUCUAAAUGCUUUCGAGAGGUACGACAUUGAAGUUUUAUAUUAUGAUAAAUUAUGGACGGAUUCUCUUAAAGUUGGAGUUGAAUUCCCUAACGGGGAUGUGGAAUAUCCAUUGACGGAGAAAUACUUGUUACCUCCUAAUUAAAAGUGAACUCCUUGGAAUUUUUUUUGAUCAAUCAAGACAAAGGAUAGGUUAUAUCUUUAAAUUUUUUGUGACACACGUGUUAUAUAUUGACUGUGCAGAGGAUGGAAGAAUGUAUUCUACACUUUACAAGAAAAAGAAAAAAAAAAGAAAAAAAAAUUGGUAUAAACGUUUAACGGAGGAGUUAAACUUGUGCGAUAUUAAUAAAAACUAGUCGGUAACACGUGGAUAAAUCUCCAGCUUCGCCUGUUCUUUAUUAACCGCAUUUAGUGUGUCUCGCUACUGUGGCUACCAUUUUCUGUGACAGACAGACGCAUACGGGUUUUAUAAUGUAGACUAGUUUUUAGCCCGUGGAAAAAUCCACGAGGUCGCCCGUCCUUCAUAUAU